CUUGUUACUUGAGCAAUCUAAUAUGACCUACCCUAGUUUGUUGAAGCCAUCGUUUCUGUCCUAUGAUAAAUGCAGAAUUCUGUAAGUGGGGUUGUGCUGUGCUGCCGGCUUCACAAAGCCUCUGCUUUCGGUGGUCUUGAUGACUUGCUAUUUAUAGUAGCAUUGUGAGUGUGGUUGGUAUUAACUAUUAAGUAGUACAUACUAAAGAAAUUAAAGCCACAUGUUUUGGUGAGAAAUUGACUUCAGUAAACCACAUUAAACAUUUUGGAGAAUGCUAAAACCAAACCAAAUAAACUACAUGAUGAUUUAUCAUCACUAUCAACGGCAGAGGAUCCCCCAAGAGAAAGAUGAGGAAGUGAUUUGGGAAUUAACCAAAACAACAACUUCCUCAUCGUCACUUCCCAAGACCAAAUAAUGUCUGUUUUUCCAGUCUAUCGAUGUUGACAAGGUAAGGCCCUUAUCUUUAUAUUCUCCCAAAACAAAUCGUAGCUAAGCUUCCAGCCAAUUCAUCUUUCACGGCUCAGCAUCCUAGAAGAUAAAGAAACAAUUCUGUGAGGAGGAAUGGGAAGUACCUCGUCGAUGCUAACUCAGUAUGACAUUGAAGAAGUACAGGAGCACUGCCAUAAUCUAUUUUCCCAGCAAGAAAUUGUAUCCUUGUAUAAAAGAUUUUGUCAGCUGGAUCGGAAUGCAAAGGGUUUCAUCUCAUCUGAUGAAUUCUUAUCAGUACCCGAGUUAGCAACGAAUCCAAUAUCUCAGAGGCUGCUUAAGAUGGUGGAAGGUUUGAACUUUAAGGACUUUGUGGCUUUCUUGUCUGCGUUUAGUGCUAGGGCUACUAUGCAGCAGAAAAUUGAAUUUAUUUUCAAGGUAUAUGAUUCAGACCGCAAUGGAAAGGUGUCUUUCAAUGAUAUAUUAGAAGUGCUCCGGGAUAUGUCUGGUUCAUUUAUGUCUGACGAGCAAAGAGAGAAAGUGUUGACCCAAGUCUUGCAAGAAUCAGGAUAUUCAAGGGGAGCUUAUUUGACAUUAGAUGACUUCAGUAAGGUUCUUGGUGGUCAUGGCCUAAAAAUGGAGGUUGAGGUGCCAAUUGACUAAUUUUAGCUGGUCUGUUCUUAGAUAUAUAUAUUUUUAGUUUUUCUAUUUUUAGCUUGUUUUCCCUGCAUCCGGUGAAGAUGAAGUGGAGGCUUGAAAUAUCUACAUCCUUGUAGAACCAAUUAGAUAAGAUACUUUGUCCACCUGUAUCUACGUUUCUGUUUGCUGUUUGCUGUUUGCUCUUGUUAUCUCCCAAUAUAAACAAAUAAAGAGCAAGCAAACUGAGUAUAUAUAUAUAUUUCAAGUCUCCUCUCCUGUAUCUAUUAAAGUUUCUUCUCUUGAA